GUGGCUAUUGGGCGAGUAGAUAAGGUGGGAAAACAGAGUUUCUACGCUUAUCGAGCCAGAAAAAUGGCAGUACUUUUAUCUACCAUAACAUCAUCGUCUCUCAUUCCUGCUAGACUUGUAACACAAAAUCAUCAUAAUCUGCAGCCCCUUUUCCACAAUCCUAUCUUACCUCGCAACGCCUCCAAAAUUCGUAUCUCUUUUAGGGUCCAAGCUGCAAAACUUCCUGCAGGAGUGGAAGUGCCAAAAGUAGAGCCAAAAUUCAAUCCCCCGUUUCUUGGAUUCACCAAGACUGCUGAAAUUUGGAAUUCUAGAGCUUGUAUGAUUGGUCUUAUUGGAACUUUCAUUGUAGAAUUGAUAUUGAACAAGGGAAUAUUACAGGUGAUUGGAGUGGAUGUUGGUAAAGGUCUUGAUAUUCCUUUGUGAGUAUUAUUCGAUCGGGGUGUAUAUGUAAAGUUUCUGGAACGUGGGUUCGUUUAUAAGAACAGAUGCUUAAGCAGCUUAACUGCAUUUGUAACUUAUUCUUAGAUAUUUAUUUGUGCAAAUUGCCAAUACAAUGUACUUGUAAAUCGCUCCCGGUUCUCUGAGUUUGUUAUAAUGCUGCAUUAGACAAUAAACUAAAUUAUUGAGCAGAUUGUAUGUU